AUCUCUUUUUAUGAGUUAUUAGUCGGCCAUCCGUCUCUCUUUCUCUCUCCUUCCUCCCAUGGCAGCCGCCUCCGCCGCCGUGGUCGGGUCGCUCCGCGUCCCGCACCUUCCUUCAACGCGCCGAAGGUCAGCGCCUCCGCUGCUAAUUUCAUCGUCCGCCAGCUCGACCAACUGGGGGAGGAACUCCCCUGGUCAUCAAUCUCGCCUAAAUUCGGCGCCCGACAUCGGUCAUCUCUCUCUCUCUUACGUUCCCAGGAGGAACAUAGUAGCUUCCAUGCUGUCAAGUUUAAUAUUCUCGAAAUUGGGAUCCCCUGAUGUCACCUUAGCAGAACCCUCAGUUUGCUUCAGGGAAUAUAUAGAUACAUUCGAUGGCUAUACUUUUCUGUAUCCCCAAAACUGGAUCCAAGUCCGUGGGGCUGGUGCAGACAUAUUUUUCCGGGACCCUUUUGUUCUUGAUGAAAACCUAUCAGUGGAGUUAUCUUCCCCUUCGUCCUCGAGGUAUAAGAGUGUUGAAGAUUUGGGGCCUCCACAAUUAGCUGCAGAGAAAGUGCUCAAGCAGUACCUGACUGAGUUCAUGUCUACUAGACUAGGUGUUCGGCGUGAGUCAAACAUUUUAUCAGCAUUAUCAAGAGUUGCUGAUGAUGGCAGAGUCUACUAUCAAGUGGAGGUAAAUAUUAAAUCAUAUGCAAGCAACAAUGAGUUGGCUGUGAUGCCACAGGACAGGAUGCAGCGUCUUGAAUGGGAUAGGCGUUAUUUAUCUGUUCUUGGUGUUGAAAACAACCGACUGUAUGAGUUGAGGUUGCAAUCGCCAGAAAAUGUGUUCUCGGAGGAGGAAAAAGAUUUGCGAAAAGUUAUGGAUUCCUUCAGAGUGAUCAAUGCAGUGGAUUAAAAUGCAAUGGUCUCCAGAAGUUAUUAGUUGAGGUCCUUCUCACCCAAUUUGUUUGGGUUUAUUGUAAUGAUUUGCAUUUUAAUUGAAACAUGAUCGAGGAAUUGAACAAGUUCUUUAAUAGGGUUCAUUCUGUUUCCAAAGUUCCUUGUAAUUGUAAAUCAUCAAUGAAAAAGAACUUCCUUUUUUGUUCA